UUGGCUGACCCCAGUUAGAGCCAGCUGAUAAUGGGGACUGCACGGUUUUUGUACCAGUCCACUCCUUCCCCACUUAACCAUUGGCGCUCCUACAGGUUUGUUUGCCACUCCUGAGCCCAGCAAAGCUCUGGAGAUGAUUUUCCCAAGGACCCAUUCAGCAGGGAGCUGGGAGUUUCCCUCGGGGAGCCCUCAUCUUUAAAUCGCGGGCAAGGAUUAGGAUGCAGAGAGGAAAGGCAGGGGACAGACGCCCCUCGCAGCGGGAUUCAGCCGCCGGAGCCUUCUCGGGGCGUUGUGCGAGCGCUCUCACACGAGCAGCCGGCCUCUGAAACUUUCACUGCACAUCUGCGCAUCCCUGCCUGCGCUCGGCAGCCAGCCAAGCGCCGAAUUCCUGCGAGCCCGUGCAGCUCCCACACGUCCAGAGCGCCGGGACCCAGCGGGAGCCGGCUCGCCGGGAGCCGCGGCGGAGCCCCGAGCGCUGGAUGAGGCUGCCACGGCAGCGGCGAUGUGAAUGGCUCUGCGGGCUGGCCACAGCGGCCGAGCACGGGGGUGCCACAGCAGCCUGGACACGCUGGGGCAGCGGCGAGCCCGCGGCGAGCAGCGCUGCGGCUCCCAGUGACCCACGGCACACGCAGCUGGCAGGAGCAGCAGGGCCCCAUGGCAAGGUGCAGCCCAGCCCGGCUCAGCUCUGGAUGAAAUAAGGACCUUGCUGGGGGAGCAGUUCUUCGUGCAGUGCACUCACAGGUCAUAACGUAAUGCCCAUGCUGUUCUACACUCUGACUGUAGCUUUUUUGAUCGGCACACAGGCAGCUCCCAAGUCAGAGGACAAUGCUCCACUGGAGUUUCCUGCAGAACACUCCCUGCUCAGCACCCGGAGCGACGGACACCCCAUUGCCCAGGAGGCUCCGCAGACACCCCACGGCCACGCCACGUGGAGCCUCGGCAGGAGAGAAGCUCUAAACAUCACCGUGGACCCCAAAAUGUUCCGCAAGCGGCGUUUCCGGUCUCCCCGGGUGCUGUUCAGCACGGAGCCCCCGCCGGUGGCCGGGCAGGGCCGGAAUUUGGGAUUUCUCAGCGGGGCGGGGGCUCUCAACAGGACUGCCCGGAGCAGGAGGAGCACGCACCCCGUGCUGCACCGCGGGGAGUUCUCGGUGUGCGACAGCGUCAGCAUGUGGGUCGGGGACAAAACCACGGCCACCGACAUCAAGGGCAAGGAGGUGACGGUGCUGGGCGAGGUCAACAUCAACAACAACGUCUUCAAGCAGUACUUUUUCGAGACCAAGUGCAGGGACCCCAAGCCAGUGUCGGGCGGGUGCCGCGGCAUUGACGCCAAGCACUGGAACUCGUACUGCACCACCACCCACACGUUCGUCAAGGCCCUGACCAUGGAGGGCAAGCAGGCGGCCUGGAGGUUCAUCCGCAUCGACACCGCCUGCGUCUGCGUGCUCAGCAGGAAGGCGGCCAGGCCCUGAGCCCGCGCCCUCCGACCCCCCUACCUCAGCCUGUAAAUUAUUUUAAGUUAUAAAGGACUGCAUGGUAUAUUUAUAGUUUAUACAGUACAGAAAGAACCUCAUUAUUUAUUAAACUCUUUUGGAAACCUUUGGUGUUUUGUAAGUUAUUUACUGGCAGAGCUCUGUGUUUGUUUUAGUGUCAUUCAACUCUACAGCUCUGGGCUGUUGAACAAGCUUUCAGCAAAAAGAAAGCGUUUUCCACACAGUUUUCACACGUAUUGCUCUCUUUUACAAGGAAAUUUCCCUGCCAGUUUAUUGUAGGUUUAUUUUCAAUUGAAAUUUUUUUGUCCAAAUACCAAGAGACCGAAACAGAACUUUCAAAACUUGCUUCCAGUGUUACUAAUUAUCUAUAAAGGUAUUAAUAAUAUAUAAUUAACCAUCUUAGUGAGGUCCUGGUAGAAACACUAAUCCUUCAUUGUUGCCAGAUCAAUUUAUAAGUAAGAACUUUAAUGCAUAUUUUAAAAUUGCCCACUGUUACUUUCUUUGCAAAAAUAACCCAUUCUGAAUUAUUCUGGAACACUUGUUUGCACAAGAAUAGAAUCUCAAAAUGUGUAUUUUUGUGUUAAAAUGGUAUUUUACAGCUCAUUACUUCAGAACUAUAUCAGAGUGAUGGGAUUUCAAAUGUCAAUAUACUUAUAUAAAUUUAAAACGUUCAAGUGCCUUAUAAUCCAAAUUUGAUCAUUUUCUCAAGCCAGCAUUCUGGUAACAGGACCUUCCAUCAGAGCAAGUCUUUUCAUGCAUGACAGACUAAAAUCCAAAAAUAAAUAAUAAAAAAAUCACUGAGGCUGUGUUUUAGCAAGGACCCAAAAUAACCCUGUGCUCAAGAUUUCUGCGUGUCGGGGACAUCGACCUCCAGAAAUACCCGGCGGAGCCCCAGGCCUGUGCUGGGCGUUUCACUGCACUCUCCAAAAGCUCCAGAUCCUCUCCUUGUUUCCCUUGGAAGAGCAGCUGUUCUCCAUUGCAGAAACUGUUUCAAAACAAAUACCAUCAAGGUUUUUCAGCAUGGUCCCUUCCAAAUCCUAGAGGGCACAGCCACCCUGGGCUCCCCUCCUGCACGGUUCUUGCUUUAAUGCAAAAAGCAGAGCUGACCUUUGCUUCCUGCACGUAAGCAGCACGGCAGGGCAGCAAAUCUCCAGAGAAAACGUGCUGGGGUAAAACAGUGCCAGUGGAAUUAACCCAGGCCAGGCAAGAGGUGCUUCCUGGUGGGACAGUGCCAGUCUGUGUGACCUGGAGGGCACAGACACCACUCCUGACCAUCUCUGCUCUGCCAGUUUGCACUCCCCUCCAAUAAGUUUUUAUGGUGUGGGGCAGCAAUGCCCCAGUGAGAAAGUAUGGCUCUCUCAUAUUUGCAAUAUUUUAAUGAAUAAUCACUUAUCUGAAAGGCUGAGGAGGAGGCAGGCUCCUGGCUGCCCUGAUCCUCCAGAUAUCAACUUGUUCUGGAAUAGGGAGAGGCGAGGAAAGCUCAGGGUGCUUUGAGUGCAGCCACAGAGGUCUCAGGUGCCCUGACACAGCAGCAGAACCCUGUCACCAUCACAGGAGGGAUGGAGGGACAUCAGUGACACAAAGUGCUCUGAGGCAGAGGAAAGCAUGGAACUGGAGCAGGUUUCCACCUGUGCUCCUCGAUGGCCUUAAAGCCACGGUAACAAAUUGCUGUAGGACUGUUUUCCAGACCUGACACAAUGGGACUGGAGAAGAAUGAGCUGCUGCUCAUUCAGGACUCCUAGGUUUAUGGAGACAGAUUAUUUUACCACUGACAUAAGAGAACUGUAAUUGAAAGUGUCUUCUGAAUGCCUUUGGUAAUUCCAAACACGUGUAAGACCUGGCAUUUCUUCAAAAGCCCUGAAAGUGAUGCCAUUCUUCCUCGGGAAAGCUGGAGAGGGACUUUAGACAAGGACACUUGGUGAUAGUGGGGGGUGGCUUUAAACUGAAGGAGGGUAGAUUCAGAUGGGAUACUGGGGACAAAUUCCUCCCUGUGAGGGUGGGCAGGCCCUGGUACAGAGCAGCUGUGGCUGCCCCUGGAUCCCUGGAAGUGUCCCAGGACAGGUUGCAUGGGGCUUGGACCAACCUGGGACAGUGGAAGGUGUCCCUGCCCAUGGCAGGGGUUGGAAGAAAAUGAUCCUAAAGGUUCCUUCCAGCCCAAACCCUUCUGGGAUUCCAUGAUAAUUAAAGCAAUAUUGGGAGCUGCCAUCUCUAAUUAGAGAUCACACCAAGAGGCCACACAGCAGAGCAGAGGGGGAAAUCUGUUUGUUGAUGUCACUUUAGGGAGAGAAGAAAACAACUGCAGGAUUUAACUGCUCAGCAAGAACUUGCUGGGUUCUGAGCGAGAUCUCAGGUGAUCAAACCUGACCCACAACUGCAGGAGAAGGGGUGAGGGACAGAAGGGUCAGGUGACACCACAGCUCAGCUCACACUGCUGCAACAAAAGCUGCCAAAGCACCCAAAUCAGCCUCAUCUGCUUUGUUUCUGCUGUAUCUGAGGGCUGACAGGUCCAUCAUACUCAGAUAAUUUACUUUCACUUGCAAUAGCUGCAUUAGAAUCUGUAUGAUGAGUUAAGACUGUAGCUCAGCGUGGAGAAUGGAGCUGAUGGCCUGCUGAGCUUUUUGUGUAAGGUGACAAUAACUGGAAAGCUGUGAGGAUGGAUCUCUACAGUUAGUUCAACACUAACUGCUCACUCAGAGCUCUGCAUUUCCCAGGAGUUCCUCUGGUGUGCUCAGCUUUUGGAACAAGUGCUACUCACUGAGUGCUGAAUUCUCUUCCCACUGUCUAAGAAGUCUACCAGUUUUAAUGUUAUAUAUAUAUAUGCAUAAUCAACUGCUUCCCUAAAGAUGGAGCAUCUUCAUUUCUUCUUAAAGCCUUACUUCUAAAUAUAAGGAUUGAAAACAUUUAUGGCCAAGAAAAAAUAAAGCUACUUCAUCUAAAAGGAGAUCAACUAGAGGGACUGCUAUGAAGCAGAUUGAUUGGAAGAAUUACAUCAUUGCUAAUUCAAGAAUCUGAAAUUCGCUUUAGAAUCUGAGGAGAGAAAAGCAAGAUCCUUAUAUUUCAAAAGCAAAUCCGAUCAAUCUGGUUUCACCUUUCACCAAAUGCCACAUGCCUGACACCCACAAUUUCACUGCAGCUCAGCGGGUCUGACUAAGGAGUGAAGGUUAAAUUUUGCCUGGAGGAAAACAGAUCAAUCUCUAGAGAGAUGGAUCAUAAUCAGUUUCCAUCACCCAGCAUGGGACUCAUCCUCUAAUCACUGCUGUAAUUAGUUUGGUGGGGCUUUUUUUGAGGGGUGUGUGGGUGGUGGCAACAACUCAUUUGAGAUCCCACAGGUUACUCAGUCACUCCUGCUGCCGAGGGGAUGCCAAGAGCCUGGAAUGCCAGAAAGGCUGGAAUGCCAGAAAGCCCAUUCCAACACCUACACCUGCAACCAGGCUGCACUUCAGCGGGCCCGAGUGAUUAUUUUCAUUUCAGCUGCAAUACAGACAGGAAAUGUUGACACAGAGAGAGAAGAGAUGGUUUACAUAACAGUCCUGCUUUCUCCCGGUUUCCUUUCACCUCUUACAUGACACUGCUGCUCCACUCUCUAAUCCCUUGUUCAAACAUGCAAUUAAGCAGCAGCCACACCCUUGCCAGCUCUUCCUUAGUAAGCUACAUCUCAGCAGGGCAAUUACAACCACUCAGGGGAUUUACUUGCAGGGUUUGGAAUCACUGUGUGUGUGUGUGUUUUCGCUUUUCUCAGUCUGUUUUCCUGAGGAAUUCUGUGCUCUGGAGAAGUCAGUGUCUCUGAGCCUACAAAUGUUCUGAUGUGGCAUCUCCAGUCUGAUAUAAAUCAUUGGGCCUGACAUUCAGUCAUGAAUCUCUUGGUCAGAAAAAACAUCAAGGAUUGUACAUUGACACUUCAGUACCACCUCACUUUGGGAAGUGAAAAGGAAUCAGCAAAACCUAAGGAACACUGAACGUAGCCCAAAGCAAACAAAAUAUGGAAUUACUACUGAGCAGCAGUUUAAUACAUAGAGAAAACACUCCAGAACACCUGGCACAGGGCUGAAACUAAGCAAAGACAGAAUUAUCCAGCUUCUAAUCUGGCCAGGAGACAUCAUCCAUUGGUUUUACACAGCAGAAGGAAAUCUUGGCAGGACCAAUAUCUUGUUAAAAAAAUGGAUGUUCUUUGGUUUGGUUGGUGUUAUAGAAGAUUAGAUGAACAACUCUUUCCUGGAUGCCCAAUUUUGCAGCAGAACCCAGGCAUUGGCCUCAAAUUACCAGAUAAAAUAUUUAGUCCUUAUCCUCACAGUGAUAACUGUUCUGCAAUAAUUGUCUUUACUUCAACAAUCUAUUCAGCACUUCCUCAGUGCUCUUUGAGUUUUCCUUCUUGUCCUUCCAGAAUUCAAACACCAAAUACUCCCCAGGGAAUCAGAAAUUGAUAGCUGUUGGAGGUUUUCCCUAAACUCUCUGAGACAUGAAGGGGAACAGUGAAGCUGCCAAGUUUUGCUGUGCACCUUUGCUGUCUGAAUGAUGGGGGCACUACAAUCUGACAAUUAAAGUGGGUGGGAUGAAGUAGGAGGUUAUUCUGUUGUGUUGAUGACAAACUGUUCUGGAGGAAAAAUUUUUCUUGCUUUACACCAGAAGAAAAAUAAAACCAAUCCAAAUCUG